AUGGUUGUUGAUAUCGGCUCAGUGGUCACUGAAGUUGCUACGGUUGUCGUGCUUGAUGGAAGCAAGGUGGUUGAAGGUGACGUUAAGGUUGCACUAGCCGUUGAGGUGAUCGACGUCGAAGAUGCGGUGCUACCUGUGGAAGCAAUGGUAGUCGAUGUUGUACUGCUGGUUGGAGCGCUAGUCGAAGUUGAUGACGUGGUUGUUGAAGAGGACAUUGUAGUACUCGUGGGGACAGUGGUUGUCGAUGUUGGUGAAGUAGUUGUCGAUGUUGGUAAGGUGGUUGUCGAAGUGCUACUGGUCGGCGCGCUAGUCGAAGUUGAUGACGUGGUUGUUGAAGAGGACAUUGUGGUAGUACUUGUGGGAACAGUGGUUGUCGAUGUUGGUGGGGUAGUUGUCGAUGUUGAGGACAUUGUAGUACUCGUGGUUGUCGAUGUUGGUGGAGUAGUUGUCGAUGUUGGUAAGGUGGUUGUCGAAGUGCUACUGGUCGGCGCGCUAGUCGAAGUUGAUGACGUGGUUGUUGAAGAGGACAUUGUGGUAGUACUUGUGGGAACAGUGGUUGUCGAUGUUGGUAAGGUGGUUGUCGAAGUGCUACUGGUCGGCGCGCUAGUCGAACUUGAUGACGUGGUUGUUGAAGAGGACAUUGUGAUAGUACUUGUGGGAACAGUGGUUGUCGAUGUUGGUAAGAUUAAUCUUUACAUGUUCAGCGACAACUUCGAGGCCACAAUAUCAACAGCAGAGCCUCUGAAAAACGGGAAUCGACGUUCCGUCAACGAGAAUGGCAUCAACGGCACCGCCUGCGAAACCGACGUCGACGGAGUCGCCCUUGCGAAUAUCAAGCACAACCAAAAUAGCGACAACAACUGCAACGGCCGCGACAUCUACGACCACCUUGCCAAAUUCUCGCACAGCUGCGCCGACUAA